UUCUGCCUUUCUUCUUGGAGCCUCUUACAGGAUAGAGAUCAGGAAAGACAACUUCUCCCCCAUAACUGCAGGAUCUAUUAUCUUCACCAGAAUCUCUUAAGGGUAGAGACACAGGCACGAUUUUAACAAAGAACACACUCUACAUACACCCACGAUGAGUGAGCAGGAGGUCACUUAUUCAACUGUGAGAUUUCAUAAGUCUUCAGGAUUGCAGAACCCAGUGAGGCCUGAGGACACUCAAGUGUCAAGAGAAGCUGGCCACAAAGAGUGCUCUGUUCCCUGGCAUCUCAUUGUGAUAGCUUUUGGAAUCCUCUGUGUCCUUCUUCUGGUAACUGUUGCAGUGUUGGUGACAAACAUUUUGCAGUAUAAGCAAGAAAAACAUGAACUGUGGGAAACUCUAAACUGCGACCAUAACUGUAGCACCAUGCAAAGUGACAUCAACUCAAAGGAAGAAAUGCCGAGAAAUAUGCCUCUAGAGUGUAGUACAGAUGAUGAUCUUCUGAAAUCCCUCAACAGAGAACAGAAGAGAUGGUACAGUGAAACCAAGAGUGUUUUAAAUUCCUCACAGCACACAGGUGGAAGCCUGGAAAUACACUGGUUCUGCUAUGGUAUAAAGUGUUAUUUUUUCAUCAUGGAUAAAAAAGGAUGGCAUAGAUGUAAACAGAUAUGUGAGCAUUACAGCUUAUCCCUUCUGAAGAUAGAUGCUGAAGAUGAACUGAAGUUCCUUCAGUUACAGGUUACUCCAGACAGUUACUGGAUUGGCUUCUCAUUUGAUAAGAAAAGUGAAAAAUGGACAUGGAUUGAAAAUGGCUCGUCUAGAUCUGCCUUGAACAUGUUGAAAUAUAAUGUAAGGAAUGGAGCAUGUGUCUUCUUAUCUAAAACAAGACUAGAAAAUAGUAAAUGUGAAAAUUUCUACCCAUGUAUUUGUGAGAAGAGACUGAAUAAGUUCCCUCAUUGGAUCCCCAACCAAAAUUAAAGGACUUAGUCUGCUGUGUAAACAGAAGGAAGAGCUGGAAGAGGUCAGGAAUGUUCCCUGGAGUCUGAUGUGGCAGAGGCUUCUUCCUACCUGGUGGAAACAGGACACACCUCUGGUGCUUGGACACACUUUGCCCCCAAACCUCUAGGACUCUGCUUUUUCUGCUUUCUUAAACUCAUAUAGAGUUAAAUAAAAACCCCAAUAAACAAC